AUGCCUUCUCCCGGGCCACCUUUACCGCCUGACAUACUUGUUGAUGAAGAGAUCUCGCCAGUAUACAAUUCCAAGUACUUCUACCCAGCGAAGCCCGGAGAGGUACUCGCCAGUCGUUACCAAACCCUGGUCAAGGUCGGUUGGGGCGUGCAUGUUGAAGAGCCAGAAAAUGUUGUGGAACUGAAAAUCGCCAAUAGCAAUACGAAUUCCGCUUGUCAUGAGCGCGAGGUUGAAGAGCACGUUUCCACAGCAGAUCCAUCACAUCGUGGUCGCUCACUUAUCCGACCAUUGUUAGACUCUUUUGAAGUUAAAGGCCCAGAAGGUUUUUAUUCUUGUCUUGUAUAUCCACCUAUGAGGGAGCCAUUGUCGAUGUAUCGGCGGCGCUUUGACGAUAGAAAGAUGCCACUGCCCCUUAUUAAAACAUAUAUUCGUGCUCUUUUUACAGGGCUUGAUUACCUUUACAAAGAAUGUAGGAUAUUUUAUACGGCUUUCAAGAUUAAUUCGACCGGACGACCAGUGUAUCAGUCCCAGAAUAACCUGGGGCCACUCAAAAGCCUAAGAAGUAUACCACAGCUUAUUAACUUCGGCUUGGUAACCAGACUAGAAGAAGAUGACGACUGGGGCGUCUGGCCUACUCAGCCAGAUCACUAUCGGGCACCAGAGGUGAUACUGGGUAAUGGAUGGCAAAUGCCUGCGGAUAUUUGGAAUCUUGGUGUUCUGCUGUGGGAUAUGAUCGAAGGCAAAGAGUUAUUUCGGCAUAUCCAUGAUCAACAAGGUCGCUAUGAUGCUAAGCUACGCAUCGCCGAAAUGAUAGCCUUACUCGGUCCACCACCUCCAGAGAUCACACAAAGGUAUCAAUACAUGCGAGAAUACUCUUGGCCGCAACCUGUCAGACGAGAAGACGACAAAGCAUGCGGGACGGCGGAGGAGUACUUUUGUGGGCCAUUCUUUGACAAUAGUGGUAUUACUGGGUUUCCUAUCUCGAACGAAAUAUUCUCAGACUCACGAAACAUCUUAGGUCGCUUUCUCUACGAAGACCUGAUCCCCGACCGGGAACUAGGCGGCACAGUUUCAUUUCUUGAGGGAGAGGAGAGGGAAGCGUUUCUGGAUCUCGCGAAGGUAAUGCUUGUCUGGCAUCCAGAUAUGCGAAAAAAGGCAGGCGAACUGGCGGAGCAUCUUUUUCUUCAACUAAAGCAAACAAGCGCCUGA